UUUCGUUGCUCUUGGCAUACGAAAGAGCAAAGCAGCAAACCAAAAUGUAUUAUGGCAAAUAGUAGUAUAAAAGAGAGUCAGUUUUCUGUUCAUAACUCAAAAUUGUUCUUCCUAACGGCAAAGUAAAAUGACAGAACAAUUAGAUAGUGCCACAUCGGUUAAAUUACAAUUAAGUAACGGAAAAACCAUUCCAGCAUUAGGACUAGGAACAAUCCCACCAGAUGAUAAUCCUGGUUCAGUAAAGGAUCAAGUGAUUACAGCCAUAAAGGAAGGUUAUCGCCAUCUUGAUACCGCAUGGUAUUACGGAUCGGAAAAGUAUAUUGGAGAAGCAUUGAAGGAAUUGUUUGAUGAAGGUGUUGUUAAGCGUGAGGACUUGUUCAUCACUACCAAAGUCUGGCCAUCAUUUUGGCACAAUCCCGAGAAGUCCUUGAAUACAUCCUUAAAGGACUUGGGAUUGGAUUAUGUUGACUUGUUUUUGCAACACUGGCCAAUUACCUUGCAUGGAGACGAAAAUGGACAACCUGCUACACCUAAGAAAGACGACGGUAGUUUAAUUUACGAUGACGAUCCUGCUAAUGGUACUAAGUAUAUUGAAACCUACCACAAGAUGGAAGAUAUUCUUGAUAAGACUGACAAGGUUAAGUCAAUUGGUAUUUCGAACUAUUCAAUCAAAAAGCUUGAACAAUUCUUACCUGAAGUUAGAAAGUAUAAACCUGUGGUGAACCAGAUCGAGCUCCACCCUCAAUUACCUCAACAGGAUUUAGUUGAUUACUGCGAGAGUAGAGGGAUUGUCAUUGUUGCCUACUCUCCAGUCGGUGGACCUGGUGCUCCAGUCUUGGAAAUUCCUUUAAUUAAUGAAUUGGCUAAGAAGUAUAUGGUCACACCUAAUGAGAUUGCUGAAGCUUAUCACAUUUUAAAUAAUAGGGGUGUGCUUUCUCGUUCAGCAAACCUUUCCAGAAUCAAGACAAUCACGAGAUUACCCAAAUUGAGUAAAGAAGAGUUGAAAGCACUCUACCAAGUAGGGGUAGAUAAUCCAAAGAGAUACAACUGUGUUCCUUAUGGAUUUGGAAUUGGAUUCAGAUGGUGGACUGGUGAUUUAUAUAGUACUGACAUUGGAGUAAUGAAGCCACAUUUCGAAACUGUUUAGUUGUCUUUAUAUAGUAUAAAUCGAACUUUGUUUGCUUGUUUU